UAACAUUGUGUAUCUUCCUGUCAGCAUUGUGUGCUGUCCUUGGCUCCUCAUGAAUUUCUGGAAACAGUUUAAUUGAAGCAACUUUUGUUGCUGCAAGUUGUGCACAGCCUUUUUGUUCCUGGAGCUGUGUGUCUGUUACCUGGGCUGAUGUGAGGAAAAUCACAGCCCACCCUUGCAUCCUCAUCACAGAGAAGUGCCAAGGUGUGUGUGCUGUUAUGACAAAAACUGUUGAUCAAGGAAAACUGUUCUGACAAUUUGAUGCUUUGUUGAGAGCUACUGUGAUGCUACUUUGAGAGCUUUGUGUGGAGUGUGCUAUUAAUGUUGUUCACAAACAACAAGGUAUAUUUUUAAAACAAAGUUUAAAAUUACCCUGCUUACCGUAUGUUCUCAGAAACUUAUCUUGCUUUUGCUGAUAUUAAUGCUUUCAGGCAGAAUUUAAGUGCAAAAUUCUUUUUGUUAUUCUGAUUAUUCUGUUAUUCUUCUGGUUAUAAGGAGCAGUUUUAGUGAAGGCAGAUACAUGAUGGAGGCAUUACUGAGGUUAACUUUCCUAGAAUGAUGCUAAAGUAGAAAGGUAUUUCAUUCAAGUGGGGAAGUGUUGAAUGGUGAUCCUUACGGCAGUGGGAAAGCACUGAAAUGGCUUAUGGAGAGACAUGUAAGAGGCUUUUGGCAUUUUUGGAUGUGUUUAGACUUGUGACUCCUGCAAUUUCUGGGAAUAGAGCUCAGCAGCACAGGUGGUCCCUUGCAGUCCUGUGCCCCCAUAAUAUUCUAAUAAAAAAAUUAUUAGGACUGGUUACUUUUACACGUCUUUGCUGGGCUGAGACUUAGUUCUGUCUUUUUUCCUUCAUUUUACCUCAGAUCCCCUUAACUACCAAAUGCAAUAUCUAAUAGCAUGAAUUCAGUGCAUUUCAUAGAGUCUUAAUAGUAGAUGUGACCUUCAGCACUUGUUAAAAUUUUCAGACAUGUUUUCAUAAAUUUUCCAAAAAUGUUUUCAGAGUGCAAGAAAAGCAGCAAUUUUUAAUCUGACUUUAAAUUUAUUGUUUUAGAAUAGGAGAAUCAUAAAAGUAUAACCAAGGAAGAACCAGCAUGGACAUGAAUCAAUUUGUUGGACUUAUAAAUUAUUUUAAGAAUAUGAGAUAAUAUUGGUAGUGCUUUUUGUCAGAAUACCAAGUUGAUAGUUGUAAAAAUCAGUUGUCAGUCACCUCCUCAGUAAAUUUCAGUUUUAAUAUUUGUUAACAGGCAAACAUUUGUUUAUAAACAAACCAUCAAAAAAAACUGCUGUAUGGAAUAGGCAGGUAAGGUCUGGCUUGCCUAAUAGUUUCUGUUCUUUAUUCUAUGUUCUAAAAGAGGGCAGUUAAAAUAAAGUUGUUAUCAUCAGUAAUCCCCAGUAUGUAACUGAUCUGAGGUGAUGCAACUGGAGAGGCUGAGCUUUAAAUACCUUUAAGUAGAAUUAAUAGGAAGGUUGUCUUUCUACAUUAGCAGCUGCACAGGGCUUACUUAGUCAUCCUGAGAAUCUCCAGGUUCUUGCUCACUGAAAAGGUGGGUAAUUUUCUUUUAUGUUACAACAAGAUUCAUUGUACAGAAUUUCUCUGUAAUAACGCAUUUCUUAAUGAUUCACUAUUUUUAAAUUUCUAGUGUAGCUUUAAAAACCUAGUGAGGUUAAAGUUUAGGCUACAGUGCUGGAAGUUGUAAUGGUUUUAGACUUUUUGUUUUAAAUAUCUUUGUAAAAUUGUCAUAGUGAUGAAUUUGUAUGCUAUCUCAGGAGUAAUACUGCUUUUUAAUUAUUCAGAACUUUUGAUGGCUUCUCUUGUAGCAGAAUUUUGUGAUGUGUCAUAAUCUCAUCUGAAGUAAAAUACUGAUAGCAGGUAUGAUUCCUCCUGUACAUUACUCCAGUGAAUUCUCAUAUUUUAUCAAAGAUUAAUUCUGCCCAGUGUAUUUAUUCCAGGCCUAAUAAAUCCUUGUCAAAAGUGUCUGGAGCUACUGAUGACAUUUUGUUUGAAUAAGAUCAGUGGUUCCUCAGGGAACCACUAAUUCUGAGAACCUUGGAAUAACAGGUUGUUCACUUGUGAAUGUCCAGUUUUAAGGAUCUAGGAGAGCUGAGCCCAGGCACUGCUCAUUUUAGAGCACUGAGCAAUACCUGACAGAGAAGCUCCCUGGAAAGGCUGGCAGCUUGUGGUCUCAGGUUCAGAAUUUGAAAAAAAAAAUACCUUAAAAUCUUCAGGCCAUAUUUGCUGCUUUUCAUCAAGUGGAAUAUAAACCUCCUUGACUGUUGACUGAAGUCUCCAUGCAAAUUUUAAAUUGUUGCACUGCAGUUCAUUCCAGGACAGAUUUCUUCCCACAUAUUUUGGGAUGAAGCCAUGCAUCCCCUGGAAACAUCAGCAAAGCUUUUACUGACUUAAGAAUGGGAAGGAUUUCUGAGCUUAUUAUCUUACUUUUCAAAUAUUCCACUGAAAUACGUAAGAAUUGACAGCAGAAUGGAGACAGGUACACAGAGUAAAAGUUUGGUUUGAUUUUUGUAUAAAGUCCAGCCAGACAAUUUCUGAAAUGUCAGAGGUCAUUGAAUUUUUGUUCCAUUUAAAUCUCUCUUACAAUAACUACUUCUGAUUGUUUAUUACAAAUUCAUUUUUGAUGUACAAGUCUAAAUAAUGUUUAAAACUUCCAUUUUUAGAAGAGGUGAAAGGUCCUGUUUUCUCUAUGAAAAAUUUACAGAGAAAAAUGACACUGCAAUAUUGUUCUCAUUUGUCUGUCUGACUCUCAAGUAGUUUUAAAUACUCUGUUGGUGAUAGUGCUUUGAUCUUAGAGAUGCCUGGCUUGAGAACAAAAGUGGAUUUGUAAUGACCCAGUUGUCAGUGUGCUUGAAGCAUCAAUUCCUGCUCAAACAGCAUAAUGGUCAUAAUAUUUUGUAGCUGCUACUGACCAAAUCCUAGGUCAUCUUUUCAGCUUUAAAAAUAAUGCAUAAUAAUUACUGUUUUAUAAUGCAGUGGAAAAAUAAAAUUUAUUGAUCAGUGCAGGUUUCUCAGAAGUCCAGCUGAUGCUGUGGAUUUCUGGUUACUGUCUGCUGGCAGUGGCUAAGUAGAAAUUAAAAGUACUUUUCCACAAGUAGUGGACCCAUAUGCACAGCACAUAUUAUAAUGGUUUAAAUAUAUGUUUUUCUUUAUGUUUUUCUUCAUUAAAAAAAGACUCUGCAGAGCAUGUGACUGUUUUGUAUAUAGUGACAGUUCAUCCAGAUUAGUCACAGAGAGGGAUUAUCCAGCCUACAGAUGUCUAUAUACAGCCCAGGCUGCCUUAGCUGGCACAGCAGUGGUGGAAGCUUUGUGCUGGACUGGAAUGCACGCUCUCGUCCUUCUUCUCUUCCAGCUCUCGUGAUCCACCAAGAUGGACCAGACCUUUUUAGCCAUUGUAUUUGGUCCCUGCGACAAGUGCUCCAAGGAGAAGCCCCUCAGGCCUGUCACUGUCAAAUCAGAACAACGCAGCUACUGCUCGCUCUGCGUGGAGAUGAUGGCAACCGAGGGGCUGCACGAGAACGAGACCCUGGCGUCGCUGAAGAGCGAGGCCGAGAGCCUGAAGGGCAAGCUGGAGGAGGAGCGGGCCAAGCUGCACGAUGUGGAGCUUCAUCAGGUGGCCGAGCGUGUGGAGGCGCUGGGACAGUUUGUGAUGAAGACCAGGAGGACCCUGAAGGGCCAUGGAAACAAAGUUCUCUGUAUGGACUGGUGCAAGGACAAGAGAAGGAUUGUGAGCUCUUCCCAGGAUGGGAAGGUGAUCGUGUGGGAUUCCUUCACUACCAACAAAGAGCACGCCGUGACCAUGCCGUGCACCUGGGUGAUGGCCUGUGCCUAUGCCCCGUCUGGAUGUGCCAUUGCUUGUGGUGGCCUGGACAACAAGUGUUCUGUGUACCCUCUGACAUUUGAAAAAAAUGAAAAUAUGGCUGCAAAGAAGAAAUCUGUUGCAAUGCACACGAACUACUUGUCUGCCUGCAGCUUCACUAACUCAGACAUGCAGAUCCUGACAGCAAGUGGAGAUGGAACUUGUGCUCUAUGGGAUGUUGAGAGUGGGCAACUUCUACAGAGUUUCCAUGGUCAUGGAGCUGAUGUCCUGUGCCUGGACCUGGCCCCUUCUGAAACAGGAAAUACAUUUGUCUCUGGGGGAUGUGACAAGAAAGCCAUGGUUUGGGACAUGCGGUCUGGUCAGUGCGUCCAGUCAUUUGAAACCCACGAUUCAGACAUCAACAGUGUCAGAUAUUAUCCAAGUGGAGAUGCUUUUGCCUCUGGUUCAGACGAUGCCACGUGUCGUUUGUAUGACCUUCGUGCAGACAGAGAAGUAGCAAUUUAUUCCAAAGAGAGCAUCAUUUUUGGAGCCUCCAGUGUGGACUUCUCUCUCAGCGGUCGCCUGCUGUUCGCAGGCUACAACGAUUACACCAUCAAUGUCUGGGAUGUGCUGAAGGGGUCCCGUGUGUCCAUUCUGUUCGGACAUGAGAACCGUGUCAGCACCUUGCGGGUCUCUCCCGACGGCACCGCCUUCUGCUCGGGCUCCUGGGACCACACGCUCCGAAUCUGGGCGUAACCUGAGAUCCUGUACGCAGAAUCAAAUGAAGACUGAAACCCUGGACUACAAAAACUGCAUAAAAAAGCCAUUCCUCAAAAUCCAAUAUUCACUACAGUCCAAAUGAAUGACACUCAACCCACAGAUUAACACAACUAGGUAGAAAAUGUAGUCUGCUUGAACACAUAGCAAACAUCAACUUGUAGUAAAAUGAAAUGUUUUAAUUUUUUUGAAACUAUAUUCUUUUAUUAGAAUUAGUUUCAUUAUUUAUAAAGGGACUUUUCUCCAAAGUCACCUGUAUCAUAGAAUUGAGUAUUUCAGUGCACAUUAUGUAUUUAUUUGCAUGAAUUUAGUUCCUUUUUAAAGUAAAAAAAAAAAAAAAGUCCUGAUUUUAUCGGGAUAUAGUGAAAGGUUUUGGAAACAUUCCGUAGUAGCAUACUGAAUUUUGGUGUUGAAAAAUGGAAAGAGAAACAAUUCUGAUACUUUAUGAUGGUGUUAUGGAUGACUGAACCUUGGUGGUAAGUAGAGGAGCAAAGGACCUACUGUGAAGGUACUGGCUGCUGUCAUAAAAAUGUAUUUUUUGUACAGAAAAGAAAUCCCUUCAAUCCCUGUUUUUUCCUACUGUCUUUUUAGAUAGAAAUAAGUAUUUCAUCUCUGUUUCCUGAAUAUAAAGAAUCUAAAUCUAUACAUACUGAUAAACAGCAAAGAGGAGGGAUAUAAACAUGAUUUGCAUAAUCAUGAGGUAAUACUUAACCAGUAGUUUCUUAGAAAUUUUUAAUUGUAUCACUUGGUGAGUGAAUUUUCUUUUACUUAAAGAAAUACUACAUGCUAAGCACUAAGGGAUACUACACGCUAAGCAUUAAGCACCAUUAUACUGAUGGUCAAGUCUUUUCCAAGUCAGUCAUAGUCAUUCUAUGACCACGAUUCUUCUUUGCAUUUUGAGCAGUUCAUACAACUUUGGCAAGGCAAUGUAGCUUAAAUGUAUAUUAAAGCAGUAUAUGCCCAUCUUAAGGUCCUUCUGCAAUGUCAGAGCAGUUAUGAGUUCAUGCAAAUACAGGUCAAAUCAUACAGUCCUUACUCUCACAGUCAUCUCCCACUGCCAUGGACAGGGUUUUGUCGUAGUUGGACUUGGGAGUGAAUAACAGUGAGCUGUUGAAAAUCUCCUGUGAGCCACAGUCCUGCCAGUGUUUGGUACUGUGCUGACCAGAGCACGAGUCCAUCUGAUCCAGGAGUCUGAGGUUUUCAGCAGAGCAGGAGAGCUGGCCACUGUGGAAAUGCAUUUUAACUACAACAGGCCACAUUGCUGGCAGCACCCAGCCCUCUGUAUGAGCAUGGGAAUGCCAUACGGACGGGCAGGACCACCCCACAUAGAAGUGAUGCUCCAGAAUCAAGAUUCAAUCAGUUGAAGAUGAGAUACAACUAAUUAUAGAAGCAUUGAGAUUAUAUCUGCAUUCAUACAUUGAAAACUAUUGGGACUAGAGUGUGUCAGCUCUGCUCACACCAACAGGUAAUGAGUCUCAUCUGAGCACAGGCACAUGGGGAGCAAAGAGCUGGAGUGAUGCUGGGGGCUUGAACAGCCUGGCCUUUGAAAUGCAGGUGCUGAGGUACAGCUCUGAAUAGAUCAUAUAUAUGAUUUAUAUUUAGAAUGGAACAAAAGAAAACAAGCUUACUGCAAUGAACCUGUUUAGAAACUCACUGGUCAAUGACAUCCUCAUUCUAUUUGCAAGUGGUAUUUUUUUACAAUUAUAUAAAAAUCAUAUUAGAAAGAAAGUCUCCUCAUCCAUGAAAACAUUAGGUUCUGUGAAUCCAUAACCAGUUAACUUAAGACACUGAUAUUUAUACCAGCUUACCAUCCCUAAUGGAAUAGGUCAGCUAUUUUCACUUGGAAAAGUCAACUCUGAUGCUUUGCAAUAUUUGUGGCAAACUAUCCCUGUAACAAACUGAAUGCACUAUGGAAAUGUCAUAUAGAACUCACUGUGCAAUAUUGAGUCAAUACACUGUACACAUUUGAUCAAAAGAUUAAUAUUAAUGUUUAGAUAGUAUUUAUUGGCAAGAUGUUUGUUUCAAACAUAAUACAUUGUGUUGAUAUUUAUGAACAGCCUAAAUACAAUAAAUUGUAUUUUACAUAU